AUGCCGGCAGACGUCUGCGAAAUCGCUGCGCAGAUUGACGGCCUGCUGGAGGGCCAAGGCCGGGAGUUCAGCGGCGAGGUCAAGGCCGUGUUGCGUUUGGCGAAAGAGCAGGCGCAGGAGGUGGGCGGGAGGCUCCAGGCGAGGGAGGAGCAAGCGACCAAGGAAGACAAGCUGCUGGCGGAUCUGGGCUGCACGUCUACCGAUUCCCUCGUCAAGGUCCUCGCCGUCUGCCGUCUUCUCGGUAGAACAGUGCCUCCUAGCCUUACGUCGACGGAAUCUUUCAGCUCUUCCUCCUCCGGGCACGAACAGACGCGCCCCCUUGGCGGCACUCCCUACGUUCCAGAAGCUGUGAUUGUCCUGCCGGGGCUGAACGAAGUGCUUGGCGCUGAACUCCUUGACUACCUACAUGAGAUUCUCGACCCAGACUUAUGUCAAUUUCCCUUGACCAACUUGCCUCUCGAGAAGCGGGAGGUUGUCCACGCGUUUCUGUCGCUCCUCCAACCCGAAGACGAUCGAGACUGCUUUCCCAUCGCACAGAGCCCCGAGACUGAGACGAAGUGGCACAUCUUUCGACUCCGCGCCAUCUUUGCCUCCUUCAUCCGCCUCGUCAACGCCUUCUCGCGAGCCGGAACGCCCCGCUUCGUCUUUGGAACUUCGCACAAGUCCGACGUCUUUCGCCCGGACUGUCUCGUCUGGCUUGACGAGCUCUUCCCGGGCGACGAUCCGGCAUUGGUCAGCGAGGAAACGGCGACGCCGAGGUUGCAGCUAAAUGGUGCAGGACGAGACCAGAAGCCCGAGGUUUCCAACGAUCCGGCUCGCGCCUCGCCUGCGCAACAGGCAGCUCCGUCAGCGUCAGCGUCACCGGCAAUGACGACGAUGCCGUUUACCACCUCGACGCCGGUCCGAGUCAACACCUCAAGCUCAUCUGGCGGCGUGGCACCUGCUACUCCCUCUCCAUCGACUCUGCGCGCAGCCAAUCCCAACCUGUCCCUUCCGCGACGCAUCGAGGAACUAGCGAGGCGCGGCGAGCGAUCUUGGACGACGCUGCAGGACUCGGACGCCAGCGAUGGCAAGUCUUCGCGACAAUGUGCUGUGCUCGACGAGAUCUGCGUCGCUUUCCUCUCCAGACCUCCUACCCUCCGCCUCGGGAACUGCUGCGACGCCGACUUCUCGUUCACCGCGUUCGCGCUUUCGAUCUACCCACGACCGCCCGACGACGCUCCUCCGCCCACAAAGAAGCGCAAGCAGCGACACGGCGAUGAAGCUUUGCUCGAGCGCCAGUUCAUUAGGGAAGAUCAGGCCAUCGGUUUCCUCCUCGUCCUUUCGCCUCUCGUGCGGAACGACAAUCCCGACCUCCUCCGCGCGCUCCUGUCUUUCGUCGCGCCCCAUCGUCGACUUCAAGCUCGCGUGGCAAAGGAGCUCGUACAACUGGCUCGUCACGUCGACCUCGAGCGGCACAUCCAGAACGACUUGCAGGGAACGUUGAUGCUGCCGCCUCCAGUCCUCGGCGGCUUCGGCGCAUCGAUGGUCUCCGCAGAUGGAGCCGGCGAAUUGGCGAUGACUCGCAACGCAGGCGUCGAGGCCGGACCGAGCGGAGCGAUGGAAAAGACUAUGCCUCAUGCUGGCGGCGGAGGGGACCACUCGAGUGGAAGAAGCGGAGCGGCCGCAGAUGGCCAGCUUACAGACGCUCCCGACACUUCCGUCGAUCUCGAGGAGGACGGCUUACCCGCGAGCACUCCUCUUCGCAUGUCAAAGUCACCUUCGCCGCACUCUUCACCUGCUCCGCCGCCCUUACCCCCUUUUGUGCAACCCGUUCGGCGGCGCACCGCAGCUCAAGAUCUCGACUACCUCGCGGUAAAUCCUCUACCAGUCACGUUUGACUGGCUCCCAGAAGUGCAUCGCCCCGCGCCUGCGAAAUCGACCAGAUGGAUCCGCUUCGACAAGCCUCAACUUCAAGUUCCGUCGACCGAACCCGAAAUCUCCUGGACGAACCUCGUCGUCGUCAGAGAGCUGACCUCGUCGCCGGAAUACCGAGUUGCCGUCGCCGCGUUGACAACCGACCCUAGGGUCGAGCUCAUCAUCAAGGAGGAGUACCUUCGCUAUAUCGACGACGAUCCGAUGAACACGCCACGAAACGAAGCGGCGACGUACGAGGCGCUCGAGGCUGCGGGCCUCGGGAGCGUCUGCGCGCCGUAUGUCGGCCUCUACAAGGUUGUCGAUGGGAACCCGAAGCUUGCGCUCGUGACGGAACGCUGGGGCGAGCCGCUCAAGGACUUUGAGCUUUCGGAGGAUGAACGACUGCACCUCGGAGAGAUGCUCUGGGACCUGCACGACCGCGGAUUUUACCACGGCGACUUUGCGGCGCGCAACGUCCUCGUCGACUCGGAGCGCAAAUUCCGCCUCAUCGACUGGGAGUCGAGCUACCGCAAUCACGUCUGUCCCGGUCACAAGCGAUGCCUCGAGCUCUACGAAGCGCUAGCGCAACUCAGCCUUGCCGUCAACGAUCCGCCGGAAAACGCGGCAUAG